ACACACACACACGCACACACACACACACGCACACACAGAGAGAGGGAGAGAGAGAGAGAGAGAGAGAGAGAUCUACCAGCAUCACGGUUAACGCAGAGCUACUGCGGGGAAAGGAGCGAUAGCUUAUAUAUAAUAACAGAGGAAGUCGAGAAGAAAGGAAAGAUUAGAGUCAUUCUAAUUAGAAUUGAAAAAAGAGGAGGAUCGCGAGGAUGGGAAAUAAAAGAGCGUUCAUAUUAAUGACGUUGUUGACGUGGUGCGCGUGGACAGGAGUGCAGGGUCUCGCUAUGACUGAGGUCAAUGGACCAGUGGGAGGCCCCCUGGUGGUGGAGCCUCAGAUUGCGAUGUUUUGCGGCCGUCAGCUUCUGCACAUGAACACUGCGACAGGUCAAUGGGAGCCGGACCCACAGGGUCGUCAGGGCUGCUUCACCCAGCCCAGCAAGAUCCUGUCCUACUGUCAAGAGAUGUACCCAGGUUUGCAGAUUUCUCAUGUUGAAGAAGCUUCUACUCCUGUUACCAUCCCAGCAUGGUGUAAGAAGGGAUGGGGACAUUGUCAGACUCGACCUUUUAUUGUCGUCCCUUUCCGCUGUUUGGUAGGGGAGUACGUGAGCGAGGCCCUUCUGGUUCCAGAUCGUUGCCGUUUUUUGCACCAAGAGCAGAUGGACUCCUGUGAGAGCUGUGCCUACUGGCAUAACAUUGCUAAAGAGGCAUGUACAGCAGACAAUCUGGAGCUCCAUAGUUACGGGAUGCUGUUACAAUGUGGUGACCGUUUCCGGGGUGUAGAGUACGUCUGCUGUCCAGGAAGAGGUGGGGCCAGUGGGCGUGGUGAAUAUGAGGGUGGGGACAGUGCUCAGGGAGCGACUCCGCCUUUAGUAUCACUGGCUGGUGAGAAAGAGGCAACCAGUGUGAAGGUGACCCCUUCCACCCCCAGCCCUUCCCCUGAAACAGACAUUGAGGAGGAUGACAUGGAGGAGGAAGAAGAAGCCGUGGAGGAGGAAGACAUUGAAGAAGAUGAGGAUGAUGAAGAAGACGAAGAAGCAGCACCCACAACAGUGAAGGAUCCGGAGGAGUACGAGUACUCCAUCGACUCAGGCACCUAUCAGGCUUCUGAUUAUCUGGAGAACUUCUACUAUGAGAAGAACUCUCAGGGUGCCAAGACCCCAACACAGCAACCUCAGCCACGUGGGGAUGUGCCCACAGUGCGUCCUACAGACGGAGUGGACGUCUAUUUCGAGAUGCCCAGCGAUGACAGUGAACACGCCAACUUCCUCCGUGCCAAGAUGGAUCUGGAGGAGCGACGGAUGAAACGCAUCAAUGAGAUCAUGAAGGAGUGGGCGGAGGCCGAUAACCAGUCCAAAAACCUUCCGAAAUUAGACCGCCAGGCACUGAAUGAGCAUUUCCAGGCUGUGUUACAAACUCUGGAGGAGCAAAUCGCAGGUGAGAGGCAGAGGCUGGUGGAGACUCAUCUUGCCCGUGUUGUAGCCACUCUGAACAAUAACCGCCGUCUGGCACUGGAGAGCUACCUGAGCGCUGUGCAGAGUGACCCACCACAGCCAGAGCGAGUGCUGCAGGCUCUGAAGCGUUACUUGGCUGCCGAGCAGAAGGACCGGCGACACACACUGCGUCACUACCAGCACAUCGAGUCUGUAGACCCUCAGAAGGCCGAGCAGAUGAAGUUCCAGGUGUACACUCACCUUCAUGUGAUCGAGGAGAGGAUGAACCAGAGCUUGGCUCUUCUCUAUAAAGUUCCUACACUGGCUGAAGAGCUCCACGAUGAGAUCCAGGAGCUGGUGCGAACGGAGAGAGGUGACAUCAGCGAGCUCAUGACCACGUCGUUCUCCGAGACCCGUACCACAGAGGAGUUGCUUCCUGCCGAGAGUGAGGAAGAGAAGGAGGAUGAAGAGGAGGAGGAGAGAGCUUUCCAGAACCGUCCAUACCCACCUCGCAUAGAUCCUCAGCCAAGUAGCAAGAAAGCGGCUGCUGUAGACGAGUACGAUUACAGCACGUCUGAGAGAGCUCCCACCUACGAAUAUGAGGAGAAGUUUAACACCUCGGUGGAGCUGAAGCAGGUGGUCUACAAGUCUCCAGGAAUCCAGCGUGAUGAACUGCAGCCAGAUGUUCUUGAGACGUUUAACCGUGGUGCCAUGGUGGGGCUUCUGGUGGUUGCUGUGGCGAUCGCAAUGGUGAUGGUGAUCAGUUUGCUGCUGGUGCGUCGUAAGCCAUAUGGCACCAUCAGCCAUGGCAUUGUGGAAGUGGACCCCAUGCUGAGCCCAGAGGAAAGGCAGCUCAGUAAGAUGCAGAACCACGGAUAUGAAAACCCCACCUACAAAUUCUUUGAGCAAAUGAACUAAAGCUAAAAACCACACCCCCUUUUUCACUCACUUCCUGUUUACCAACAGGGGUUUCCAUAGAAACCCUUGUCCCCUCCCCAGCACUGUAUGUACGUUUCCAUGACCAAUGAUCAAACUCAAUCUCAAACAUGGCAGGCAAAAACAGAGUUUGCACUCAAAUGUUACUCAAAUGCUCUCCGGAAUAAGUAAAAGAGAGACGAGUAGAUUUAUACAUCUGGUCUCUCAAAAAAAGAUUCCUUUUUUGUUUAGGAAGAUGCUGAAACCAUAGCAUGUCAUGCAAUCAUAUAUAAAGCAGAGCUAGGAAUAGUUUCUGCUACUGCUCUGGUUCCAGCAUUGCAUUCUCUUAUUUUUUUUGUUUGUUUUUUUGUUUUUUUCUUGGAAUAUGUGAAAAAAAAAAAUCAUUUUAUUGGUUUUCAUUCCAAACUUUUUUUUUUUUUUUUUUUGUGAAACUGUAAUGUGGAUGAAGUCAUCAUUUAUAUUUCAGCAUGUAAAUAUAUGAGGGGGGGAAAAAAAAAUCACUGUAGCGCUUAUAACAUACAACCCUGUCUGCUGAAAUGUAGAAAUAACACACGUCUGAUUGCAUUUCUCGAGGGGAAAAAGAGGCUAGUGAUCCCUCUCAGACAUCUCUCACUUCGACACGUCAUGAAUACUAUUUCAUCCAUGUGAAAAGGAAUCGAAUCACUGAAUCAAAUCAUCGUUCCAAAUAUAACACCGACUUAAUCAAUUAGUGCUUAUUUUUAAUGACUAUUAUUCAUUGUACUGCUUCUUAGGGGGAAAAAAAAAAAAAAUCAGUGAUCUGCAGUCCACUAACUUAAAGAAGAGCAUGCUGAAUUUGGUGUAUUAUGCUAUAAACGUACUUGUGUUGUUCCUGUUUUUAUGCUUUUUGAAACUAAAAUGUCACAGUUAGACAAAAAAUGUGUGUAUAACUGAAAAGGUAUCUACAAUAGACGUUUCUGUUGUUAAUUUCGUAUCGACGCGCUAUGUGGAAUGUCGAAACUUUAAAAAGACUUUGUGCUGCUCACAGAGAGAGUAAAUAAAAAAAAAACAAAAAACGUAAAAAAAAA